GCGGCGCCCAACCCACAGCAAGGGCGGCGCCCGACUAAGUUCGGACCCAACACCUGGGGGAAGAAGCAAGCCAGCAAGAAGCGACAGGCUCAGCUUCGGUACUCUGGCAAGAAGGCUCGCACCCUUCGAAAGCAGAAGGACGCAGAACGCCGCCAGAAGACGGUGUUUCUGCGAUGCAUCGAUGCCGACUGUCGCAAGAGAACCAACCUCCUCACCUUGCAGACUUGGGUCCCGUGCACCCAGAGGCUCGGGACCAAGACGACGCCUUCAAGACUUUUGCUCAUCCUCAGAGGAUGGGUGGCUACCGGUUUGGGAAAACCGCCUUCGGCGUACCCACUCGCACGCUCCGUUGGCAGUACUUGGAAGCCUGUCAAAGCAGUCUUGGAAGCCCUGCAGCAACUGGAGGCCAAUGCUGGUCGCGCUCGCAAUGACACAUUGCGUCUUCGCGGCACUGUGGAAGUCGACGCGACUUCGGUGAGGUUGGUGCGCGUGUACAGAAAGACCACGCGCCUCCAGGAGCCUGUGCAACGAUGGCUGGACGCGCAUCCGCACACUGCUCGACCGCACUACUGGCUCCUGCACUACCGUCUCGUGGGCGCAGUGCAGAGGUCAAACCAUACCAACAUGGUCGUGCGCCUUCUGCAGCACAAAGUCGUGCCCGCUGGAGCAAAGCCUCCCCCGGAGGCCACGGACGAGAUCCUGCAGAGCGGCAUCCUCAAAUCCGUAGCCAAGAAUGCGACCAUCAUGGCAGACGGCGCUCGCAGUUGGUCAGCUGCGGCACGAAGAACUGGGCACACUGCCGGGGUAAAGCAUGUGUGCCACAGUCGAGGCGAGUUCGCAAGGUCGAGCUCUGACACGCCUACUUUAGGCACCCAACUGCUAGAUCGGUGCUGGGGCAAUCUCAAGACGUGCAUCCCCAGUACCCUUGCCAGCAGACCACACAUCGCGGAAGAACCCUCUGCGAUGAUGUACGUUUUCCAAGCGCUCUGGCGCAAAAGCGUUGGAGUGGCAGGCUUGCUGCCAGCCUUAGGGGACCUUGCCAGACAAGCCUGA